GGAACAAGGAAAGGAAAGGAAGAUACCUUUAUUGCUCUGCUCUGCUCUGCUCUGCUCUACUUUGAGACCAAAAGCAUCGGCCGAAAGGCAGUUUUUUCGGGGGAAUACGUCUCGUCUUCACUUCUGCGACCAUGAGUUCGUACAAUUCUGUUAAUUUCUCGCCGGACCCUAAAAGCAAGUCAUUCGUCUGCAGCCUUUUGAUCGUGUUAUCUGUGGUUUGCAGUGUUUACUUCCUCGGGACCGAAUGGCUGAAAAGAGAUCCGAUGAGGUUGUCGAGGGGAUUUGGUCUCAGCACAAGGCAACAGCACGUGAAAUCUGAAAAAUAUCUACCAUUGAAGGUAUUGCCUGUGGAAUCACAAUUAAACGCCACGAGGGGAAGUAACCAUACACGUCACCAGAAAUGCAAUGAUGAAUGCAGGCCUAUUGGGACCGAAGCUUUACCGGAAGGAAUCAUUUCCGAAAUUUCAAACUUGGAAAUGCAUCCUUUAUGGGGACCUCUUUCCGAAGAUAAAAAAUCCAAGCCGACAUUGGGUUUGUUGGCCAUUGCUGCCGGGAUCGGACAGAAAGGAUUGGUGAGCGAAAUCGUUAAGAAGUUUCUUCAAAGUAAUUUUACAGUGAUGCUUUUUCAUUACGACAAUGUCGUCGACAGUUGGCAUGACCUUGAAUGGAGUGACCAAGUCAUUCAUGUUGCUGCCCGCAACCAAACAAAAUGGUGGUUUGCGAAACGAUUUUUGCAUCCGGAUAUUAUUGCCAAUUACGACUAUAUAUUUCUGUGGGAUGAGGACCUCGGAGUUGAGAAUUUUCAUCCACAAAGAUAUUUAUCCAUUGUCAAGGAAGAAGGACUCGAAAUUUCACAGCCGGCUCUCAAUCCAAGUAAAUCUGCCGUGUAUCAUCCGAUUACUGUUCGCCGGGAACAUUCGAGGGUUCACAGGAGAUACUACAAGUUCAAAGGCAGCGGAAAGUGCGACGGGAAGAGCAUGUCCCCGCCGUGUGUUGGUUGGGUAGAACUUAUGGCUCCGGUAUUCUCAAAAAUGGCGUGGCGUUGUGCUUGGUACAUGAUCCAGAAUGACUUGAUUCAUGCUUGGGGUCUCGAUUUGCAACUCGGCUAUUGCGCGCAGGGCGAUCGGACGGCGAAAGUUGGCGUGGUUGACGAGGAGUACAUUGUUCAUUUGGGGCUUCCUACGCUCGGAGGAUUCUCGAGUAAAUCGUUGCAUUCAAACAACUUAUCAGAGUUACAAUCCCGGACAGCUGACAUGUACGAAGUCGACAACAGAUCAGCAGUGCGCAGAAGAUCGCACGAGGAAAUGUUGGUUUUCGAAAGAAGAUGGAAGAAGGCGAGGGAGGAAGACCGGUGCUGGAGCGACCCGUUUAAUUAGGAGGAAUGUUGUCGGAAUGGCAAGUGUACAUACACAUAGAUACAUAGAUAGAUAGAGAUGGAGAUAGAGUGCAAGUCUUCAAUGGCGGGUGGUGUGUUGUUGAGAGAGAGAGCUUUUCAAAUACAAUAUUGGAUCAGGUUUUUGCCUUUUUCUUCAUCCUCUCUUCUUCUUGUCUGUGUUUAUUUGUUGUGUACAGGACGAAUUCUACUUAUCAUUAUUAUUUGGUGACAAACAAUCUGUUUGUGUUCGUUCUUUGAUCAAUGGCUUUGAUAUUUAUCAUGAA